GCAUGCGCAGUGCUGUGUGUUUGGCGCGCAGCCUGCGUGCCCCUGCAGUGUGAGCGCGAGCUUCCUGUGCGCGUCCUCAUCAACAACAACAACAACCGGACAAAGUCUGCUUCCGGUACUGAGAGGACAGACCAAGACAUACCAAGAGGACCGGAGAGAGGACUCUACCGUCACGAUGGCGGAGACGGUGAAGUACGUGGACGACGACCACAGGAGCAUCUUCCUGAAGCUGCUGAAUGAGCAGCGUCUGGAGGGCGAACACUGCGACAUCGCCGUGGUCGUGGAGGAUGUAAAGUUCCGCGCUCACCGCUGUGUCCUCGCUGCCUGCUCCAACUACUUCAAAAAGCUUUUCAAGAAGCAUGAGGUGGACAACUCCUCCGUCAUAGAAAUCGACUUCAUCCGCUCAGACAUCUUUGAGGAGGUUCUGAACUACAUGUACACCGCCAAGAUCUCCGUCAAGAAGAGGGACGUCAACCUCAUGAUGUCAUCGGGACAAAUCCUCGGCAUCCGCUUCCUGGACAAGCUCUGCUCACAGGUAAACAUACACACAAAGGUAAACACCUGUAGUGUUACCUGUGGGUCAGGUAAAGCUCCUGCUUUGUUUCCUCAGAAACGAGACGUGUCUUCAGAAGAGAAGGAGAAGUUUCCCUACGACAUUGUGAAGAUGGCUCUGCCGCCAGAGGCUCAGCUGGCUGCUAAUGCAGAGGUGCUUGGGGAGCAUGAUGACACGCCCUCGGCUGAUGAUCUCGUGGAGGCAUCGGCCAAUCAGCAUCUAGAGAAGUCUCCGAAUGCAGUACUGCGUGUUCAGGAAGCCAUCCUGAAAGAACUGACCAAUGAGGAUGUGCACAAGGUGACCUGCUACGACCAGGACGUGGUGGGGGAGAUGGAAGCGGAGCCUAAAGAUCUGGGGGAGGGGCAUCACGCCACCCAGACGCUUACGUUUGCAGACAGCAUCGGGGGGGAGGUGAAGGACGAGCAGCCCCCCGGGUGGUCCACCGCCACCACAGACAUGAAGUUUGAAUACCUGCUUUACGGUCACCGAGAGCAGCUCGCCUGCCAGGUGUGCGGGAAGACCUUCUUGGAUGAGAGCAGACUCAGGAAACAUGAGAAGCUUCACUCUGCAGAGCGACCGUUCGUCUGUGAGAUCUGCACCAAAGCUUUCACCACCCAGGCUCACCUGAAAGAACACCUGAAGAUCCACACAGGCUACAAACCGUACAGGUGCGACGUUUGUGGGAAGUCUUUUAUUCGAGCGCCGGACCUUAAGAAGCACGAACGAGUCCACAGCAACGAGAGACCGUUUGCCUGCCAGAUGUGUGACAAGGCCUUUAAACACAAGUCUCACCUGAAGGAUCAUGAGAGGAGACACAGAGGAGAGAAACCCUUUGUCUGUCACUCUUGCACCAAGGCAUUUGCCAAGGCGUCAGACCUGAAGCGCCACGAGAACAACAUGCACAGUGAGAGGAAACAGCUGAACCCCCUGCAGAGCGACACAGAGACCCUGCAGGCCGCCGCCAUGGCUGCUGAAGAGCAACAUCUGGAGAACAUCAGCUGCUCCUAACAUCUGGAGAACAUCAGCUGCUGAGGAACAACAUCUAGAGAACAUCAGCUGCUGAGGAACAACAUCUAGAGAACAUCAGCUGCUGAGGAACAACAUCUAGAGAACAUCAGCUGCUGAGGAACAACAUCUAGAGAACAUCAGCUGCUGAGGAACAACAUCUAGAGAACCUCAGCUGCUCCUAACAUCUGGAGAACAUCAGCUGCUGAGGAACAACAUCUAGAGAACAUCAGCUGCUGAAGAACAACAUCUAGAGAACAUCAGCUGCUAAUAACAUCUGGAGAACAUCAGCUGCUGAGGAACAACAUCUAGAGAACAUCAGCUGCUGAGGAACAACAUCUAGAGAACAUCAGCUGCUGAGGAACAACAUCUAGAGAACAUCAGCUGCUGAGGAACAACAUCUAGAGAACCUCAGCUGCUCCUAACAUCUGGAGAACAUCAGCUGCUGAGGAACAACAUCUAGAGAACAUCAGCUGCUGAAGAACAACAUCUAGAGAACAUCAGCUGCUAAUAACAUCUGGAGAACAUCAGCUGCUAAUAACAUCUGGAGAACAUCAGCUGCUAAUAACAUCUGGAGAACAUCAGCUGCUAAUAACAUCUCGAGAACAUCAGCUGCUGAGGAACAACAUCUAAAGAACAUCAGCUGCUGAGGAACAACAUCUAAAGAACAUCAGCUGCUCCUAACAUCUGGAGAACAUCAGCUGCUGAGGAACAACAUCUAGAGAACAUCAGCUGUGAAUAACAUCUGGAGAACAUCAGCUGCCAAUAACAUCUGGAGAACAUCAGCUGCCAAUAACAUCUGGAGAACAUCAGCUGCUAAUAACAUCUGGAGAACAUCAGCUGCCAAUAACAUCUGGAGAACAUCAGCUGCUCAUAACAUCUGGAGAACAUCAGCUGCUCAUAACAUCUGGAGAACAUCAGCUGCUAAUAACAACCAGAGAACAUCAGCUGCUUAUAACAACCAGAGAACAUCAGCUGCUAAUAACAUCUGGAGAACAUCAGCUGCUAAUAACAUCUGGAGAACAUCAGCUGCUAAUAACAUUACCACUCAGCUGCUGAGGAACAACAUCUAGAAACAUCAGCUGCUAAUAACAUCUGGAGAACAUCAGCUGCUGAGGAACAACAUCUAGAAACAUCAGCUGCUAAUAACAACCAGAGAACAUCAGCUGAUCCUAACAUAUGGAGAACAUCAGCUGCUCAUAACAACCAGAGAACAUCAGCUGCUGAGGAACAACAUCUGCUGGAGAAUAUCAGAUGCUCAGGAGCAACAUCUGGAGAACAUCAGCUGCUAAUAACAUCUGGAGAACAUCAGCUGCUAAUAACAACCGCAGAACAUCAGCUGCUGAGGAACAGCAUCUGGAGAACAUCAGCUGCUAAUAACAACCAGAGAACAUCAGCUGCUCAUAACAUCUGGAGAACAUCCGCUGUUCAUAACAUCUGGAGAACAUCAGCUGCUCCAAAGAUCUGGAGAACAUCAGCUGCUCAUAACAUCUGGAGAACAUCAGCUGCUCCGAAGAUCUGGAGAACAUCCGCUGUUCAUAACAUCUGGAGAACAUCAGCUGCUCCGAAGAUCUAGAGAACAUCAGCUGCUCCGAAGAUCUGGAGAACAUCAGCUGUUCAUAACAUCUGGAGAACAUCAGCUGUUCAUAACAUCUGGAGAACAUCAGCUGCUCCGAAGAUCUGGAGAACAUCUGUUCCUGUAUUAUCAACAUUUUCAGUUUUUUGUUUUUAAAGCAGUGGUUAGUUUUUUGUCUUUGAUCUGAACUGAUGAUCUAAGCAAUCAUGUGACUGACACGUGACGAACAUAUGACUGACACGUGACGAGGAUGUGAUGAACAUAUGACUAACACGUGACGAACAUGUGACUGACAAGUGACGAACAUGUGAUGACAUGUGACUGACACAUGGUGAACAUGUCUGUGUAGUUUUUGUAUUUUAUUUGAGGGUUUGUGUUUGUGUUUAUAAACUGCAGAUGCUCAGUUUAAUGAGCAGAGCUGCUCCGUUUUAA